AGUUGCGCGGCGGUGGGCAAAGCGAGCAGACAGCCAGAACAUGAGGGAAAAUCAAAAGGAAGAGUUUAAUGAUGCCUUGAUGAACACAUUGAAGAAAUCGAAAAAUCCCAACUCUAAAAUAGAUUGGUAUUAUGCGCCUGGAUUUCUGCUUUUCUGGCUGGCGCUAUUCUUUGCCGUAGUUGUGCCACUCUUCAAUAAACUGCCCGAUAGUGUGACCAUUGCGGAGGAGUCUAAGAGACCAAAUGAGUUUGUGGCAGAGCGCGCCCAGCUUGCGCUAUACGAUUAUGAUAUCAUUGGACCCAAAGUUGUUGGCAGCAUAGCCAACGAGCAGCAAACAGUGGCUUUUCUGCUAAGAGAAGUUGAGAAAGUGCGUCAAGCGAUGCGUGCGGAUCUCUUCGAGCUGGAGGUGGAUGUGCAAGCACCAUCUGGCGCCUAUAUGCAUUGGAAUAUGGUGAACAUGUAUCAAGCAGUGACGAAUGUGGUGGUGAAGCUCAGCACAGUUGGCUCCACAAGCGAAAACUAUGUGCUGCUCAACAGUCACUUUGACUCGAAGCCCAGCAGUCCUGGCAGUGGCGAUGAUGGCACAAUGGUAAUCGUUAUGCUGGAGGUGCUGAGAGUAAUGGCCACAUCGCCAUUUCCCUUUGAGCAUCCCAUUGUGUUUCUCUUCAAUGGCGCAGAGGAAAAUCCGCUGCAGGCUUCACAUGGUUUUAUUACAAAACACAAAUGGGCAAAGAACUGCAAAAUACUGCUUAAUCUGGAAGUAGCUGGCAGCGGUGGCAGAGAUUUGCUCUUUCAAGGUGGACCCAAUCAUCCUUGGCUUAUGCGCUACUAUAAACAGCAUGCUAAACAUCCAUUUGCCACAACAAUGGCUGAGGAAAUAUUUCAGGCUGGUAUUUUACCCUCCGAUACGGACUUCCGCAUAUUUCGCGAUUACGGCCAAGUGCCUGGUUUGGAUAUGGCGCAGAUAAGCAAUGGCUAUGUUUACCACACCGAGUUUGAUAACUAUGCCAAUGUUCCACGAAAUUGUCUGCAAAAUAGCGGCGAAAAUGUUUUGCCCUUGCUGCGUGCCUUUGCUAAUGCCAGCGAGUUGUAUAACGUUGAGGAUCAUCGCGCAGGACACACAGUUUUCUUUGAUUUUCUAGGCCUAUUCUUUGUCUUCUACACACAAACCACGGGCAUUAUCUUGAACUCCUGCAUAGCUGCUGUCAGUUUAUUGCUGGUGGGUCUGUCUUUGUGGCGCAUGGCACGCCUGACGCAUACAUCGCUAGGCCAGAUUUCCAUUUGGUUUGGCAUACUCGUGGCGUUACAUGUAGUGGGCGUGCUGCUUAAUAUUUGUUUGCCACUGCUCAUGGCGGUGCUCUUCGAUGCUGGCAAUCGCUCUUUGACUUACUUUUCUAAUCAAUGGCUAAUGAUUGGACUUUUUGUUAUACCGGGCAUUAUUGGACUUAGCCUGCCCACAACGCUGUAUUAUAGUUUCAGAAAGAAUGUUCCAAUCAGUCACGCCUAUCAUCUGCAAAUGAGUCUGCAUGCCCAUUGUGUUUUUCUUGCCGUAUUGGCCAUCAUACUGACUGCCAUGAAUUUACGCACAAUUUAUCUCUGCAUGAUAUCCAUACUCUUCUACUCUGCUUCGCUCAUUAUAAAUCUACUAAGCUCCUUGCAUGAUCGGGGCUAUUACUGGACAAUAAUUACACAAGUGUUCCAGCUGAUGCCCUUCUUUUACUUUUGGUAUCUCUUCUACAUGUUUCUGGUUGUAAUGAUACCCAUGAUGGGACGCAACGGCAGUGCCAUAAAUCCAGAUCUACUAAUGGCAACUCUUUGCGCCCUGGGCGGCUUUUUUGCACUGGGCUUUGUGACACCUUUAAUCAAUAUGUUCCGUUGGUCGAAAUCACUAUUGCUUGGUCUGGGCAUUGUUACUUUCAUAUUCAGCAUGAUUGCCGUAUCCGAUGUUGGUUUUCCAUAUCAGGCCAAAACGAGCGUUAUGCGCGUCAACUUUUUGCAUGUGCGUCGCAUAUUUUAUGAAUAUGAUGGCAGUAUAAGUCUCGAAGACUCCGGCUACUAUUUUGAUUUCCAGGACAGACGAUUGAAUUAUCCACUCGAAGACACUUCACUGAAUUUGCAGGGUCUAACUGGCAUUGAGGCUGAUUGUGAGGCUGGUGAGCUUAUGUGUGGUGUGCCUUGCUUCAAUCAUCGCUGGUGCAAGGCACGUUCAACUGGUCGUUGGCUGCCGCGGUCUGAGGUGCCGAUACCCGGCAACAACUCCUUGUUGCUCUUGGCCAAGACUAUUUUGCCAACUGGCAAUAUAAUGCGCUAUGAAUUUGAAAUGAGCGGCCCACCACAUAUGGGCUUGUUCAUUGAUCCGCUGGAUGAUGCCAGCGUGAAGGAUUGGUCAUUCAUACGCAAUCCGCUAGAUGAGCCGCAUAAAUAUGAACGACCCUAUCAAAUAUUUUUCUCCUACGGCAGAGACAACACGCCAUUGAAAUUUCACAUAGAUUUUGAGAAACCCUCGCGCAAUUUCAAUGUGCCUAUUUUUCGCUUGGGUGUAGCCUGGCAUUAUGUCAGCUAUGAUUUUAAGCGUGAUGCAGAUGGCAUGAAAUUUAUAGCCGACUUUCCCGACUUUGUGCAUGUGAUGGAGUGGCCCACGCUAUACAAACGUUAUAUAUUUUAAGCUUUAUAUUAUAUGCAGUGUAAAUAGUGUAGUUAUACAUAUAUAU